UCCUGGCGCAGAGGAGCAGGUGCUUGGUGGUGCCGGGGCCAGUGCUGCGCUCCUUCGCUGGCAUUCUGGCCGAGGACCGAGGCUGGGGAAGAGUUUGCUGACUGACGGAGCGCCAGGGCGGGAAGGACUCCGGGCGUGCGCCAAACCACAGGACCAUGAGGCUGCUGCUGGUGCCCUGCCUGGCUUUUUUGCUGCCGGUGGCCAGCCCCCUGCGCAUCUGCGCCUUCAACAUCCAGAGCUUUGGAGACAGCAAGCUGUCGGAUGAGGGGACCUCAGAGGUCAUUGUCAAGAUCCUGUCCCAGUACGACAUCGCCCUGGUGCAGGAGGUGCGCGACUCCGACCUCAGUGCUGUCAGCGAGCUGCUGGAGCGCCUCAACAGUGCCUCCAAGCACAAGUACGCCUUCGAGAUCAGCCAGUCGCUGGGGCGCGAGAACUACAAGGAGAAGUACCUCUUUCUCUACAGGUCGGUGCGCGUCUCCGUGGCCAGCACCUACCAGUUCCCCGACAAGAGCGACGCCUUCAGCAGGCCGCCCUUCAUCGUGAAGUUCUCGGUUCCCGAUGCAAAGGAGGCGGAGCUGGUCCUGAUCCCGCUGCACGCGGUCCCGGGCGAGGCCGUGGCGGAGAUCGACGCGCUCUACGACGUGUACCUGGCGGUCAUCGACAAGUGGGGCACGGACAACAUGAUGUUCCUGGGGGACUUCAACGCGGACUGCAGCUACGUGGGCAAGAAGGACUGGGCCGCCAUCCGCCUGCGCGCCAGCGAGGUCUUCCACUGGCUCAUCCCGGACUCGGCUGACACCACGGUGGGCAAGUCCGACUGCGCCUACGACAGGAUCGUGGUGAGCGGCUCGAAGCUGCGGAAGUGGAUCAAGCCCAACUCUGCCACUGUGUUUGAUUUCCAAAGAGCUUUCAAGCUGAACCAAGAAGAGGCGCUGGUCGUCAGCGAUCACUUCCCGGUGGAGGUGACCCUGAAGUCUCGCUGACGCUGCUCCGCGGCCCCCCACCCGCCACCGCUGCCGCGCAAGAUCCCGCUUGCCCCCCGGGCCGGCAGAGGGGUGGCCACGGCCCCCGGGCCCACGGGCCCCUCUCCUGCCUCUGCCCCUCCCACUCGGCCGGCUCGCAGGUUUUGAAACGAUCGCUUCGAACUGGAAGGCUGCCCUGCGAAGGCCCAUCGUCCACAGCCGCCUUUUCCCCAGAAUGAGAACCACUGUGGAUCUGGCUGUUCCCCAGCCCUCUGCCCUCUAGGAUGGGGGGCAGCAACUGCUCGAUCACUGACUGGGGAUGAUGGGAGUUGUCACCAGCACAGAGGGCACCGAGCUGGGGAAGAGAGUGCUCUGACACGGUUGUAGAUUGCCAGUUCAGAUCCUCCCUCAGUCGUGAGGCAUCCCAGAGGACUUUGGGAAAAUGACUUGCUCAGCCUAAGCUACCUCACAGGGUUGUUGUGAGGAUAAAAUGCUGUGUGGAAGCAUGUGAUCUCCCGCUGCAGAAAAUGGCAUGAGAAAUAAUAUGUAUAAGCG